AGUUUCCGGACACCAGUCUGCUCUACUCCAUGGGUGUGUCCCCCCAGCGCAGACAGUAUAACUAGGUCUCUGUGGAUGUGGAGAUCUGGCUCGAAUCACCAUCAUGGGCCUUGGGGCUGCUCUUCUUGCAUUUGUGUGUUUAAUAGAACAGAGGAUCUGGGCACACCAUGAACCAUCUCCCCAGCCUUCCAUCUGGGCAGUUCCGGGGUCUGUGGUUUCCACAGGUAGUGCCGUGACACUCUUCUGUAGGACCCCUCCAGGAGUGACCAAGGUGCGUCUACAACAUCACGUACCCAGUGGGAUGUGGCGUGAUAGCACAGCACAUGGAAAAACCCAAGAGGUUUUUGAGUUCAGUCUGCUGAACAUGAUGCACAUCAAUGCUGGGAUUUACUAUUGUACAUACCACAAGGGAGGAAAAUGGACACAUAUUAAUGGCACACUGCAGUUGAUCGUGACAGGUGUUUACAAAGAGAAGCCAUCCCUUGCUGUUGAUUCAGGACCCAAGGGAUUCUCAGAAAGAAAUGUGACUCUUGUCUGUCACACAGAUCAUUUCUUUGAGAUCUUUAUCCUCUGCAGAGGUGGGAAUGCAUCCUUUCCUCAGAACUGCUUACAACAGGACCACAACACAUUCCCCAUCUUCCCUUUGAGCCCAGGGCACAGGAGGACCUACAGAUGCUUUGGCUCCUUCAAAAUGAAUUCCUACUUGUGGUCACUGCCUAGUGACCCCCUUGAGCUUUCGGUCCCAGGCCCAUCUGUGUCUUCCAUUGUGGUUUGGGUCACAGUUGCUGCUGUCUGCUUCUUCAUUUUCCUUCUCCUCAUCUGCCUCUGGCACCAUUGGGCCAAAUGCAAGACCAGCAGUAGUGGAACUAGGAUCCAAGCGAAAUAUAAAAGCUCAGCCAUGGACACCGAGGAGAAAAUUAAAUAUGGUGAGUUAGAAUGCACCCAGCCUGAGAACUGCAGCCAGGUGGACGCACAGUUGUCUCCAGUAGAAGACUCAACGGAAGUGACUUAUGCCCAACUCUGCCAAGACAUACUCCUGGAGCACAUGGAUUCACCUCCCUUCAAAACACUUGAGGGCAGGCCUACACACGAGACCUGUGUGUAUGCCACACUCAGAUUAUCCCAAGAGGGGAGCCCGAGCGAGCAGUGAGAUAGGUGGGCCUUUCUUCUCCAGAGGGAGGCGCCACCAACGAAGCUUCUCAUGCUCUUCGUCUCCAGCCAUCAUCUUGCAGCUCCAGUGAACUCAAGCGUAGACACGCUUGUUAACUGCAGAGGGACUCUGGAGUUCAUAGACUCACUCAGCAAACCUCUGAUUCCUUGUUAUUUGCUCACUCGCUCUCUUCUGUACCUGGCAGAUGUGUGCAGAUGUGUGCAGAGGACUCUUUCCUCAGGAUCACAUUAACUUAGUAAGACAGUAGUUUCCAUCACAUACCAAAAGUGGCAAGUUGCACAAUGUGGAAUCCUGUUGACUUGUGAUGCAGGACGCCUCACCAGUGUGAUCCUUAACCUUGACCGUCAAGGGUUGGGUUUUAGAGUAAUGUAGGAGGUAUGCCUGUAGGUGUGGCUGCAGAGCUCCUCUAGAGAUGUUUACCUGAAGUGGAAAGACAUACCAUGUAUAUCGGUGGGACUAUUAUAUGGCGCAGGGUAUUAGAUUAAAUAAAAAGUAGAAAUUAAGUGUAACAUUA